AUGGGAAGACUCACAUGCGGUCGUGAUCGGUCGUGCUACGUCGUUCUCGAUGGUAUCUUCUCGCAGCCGUCUGUGCGGUUUGGAGUUUGCUCCCGCUCCCGAGCUCGGCCUCGCCCAGACAGAGCUGCGAGCAGCCUUUUGCAGGGCGGCCGAUGCGCAGAUCCGGUGACCAAAGAUGUGCGAAUGCAGAGCAGCGGCCGACGCGGCCGUCUGUGCCUCCAAGCCCGGUCUGAGUCUGGCAGCUGGCAGCGGGCUUUGGUAUCGCUGGCUUUACCGGGCUCUGAUUUGCAGGCCAGGCACUCGUUGAAGCAAUAUGGGGUCGGCAUCACUUCAUGUGGCAAUGCGGCGGAAUGGAGGCAUGCAGUGCAACUGGCAAAAGAAAUCCUGGUUGAUCACAUUGAGUUGGACACUGUCGCAUGCAGCGCUGUUGCAACAGCGUGCCAGAGAGCUGCAUUCUGGCGAGGAGCGUUGCGGUCCUUAAGCCAGAUUGCCGAUCUGGGAUUGCAGGACGAUGUCAUGGUCCAGAACGCACUGAGCAGGCUUGGACGCUGGCAGCUCGCCGUCUUGACUUUUGCAGCACUAAAAAGCGGUGGCCUUCGUGGAUUGCGACCAGACGCCUACUCUCUCGGAGUGACUCUCGCGGCCCUCGGCUCGGACGAGCGCCACGUCUCGCAGAGAUCGCAGAGCGGACCGUGGCGCUGGGCAUCGAAGCUCCUGGCGGUCGCCGGAGCAGCGCUGCUGAGAGCCAAUUCCGUCUGCAAGAACACGGCACUGGAUGUGUUUGCGGGAGCCUCGCAGUGGCUCGCCGGCUUGCAGCUUCUCAAAAACUGGGUGAUGCAACGAGGCGGAGUGGAUGUCAUUGCCCUCACGUCGGCAAUUCAGGCUUGCGGCGCGGCGCCAAACUGCGAGCAAGCUCUGGCGCUCUUGAAACGAUCCUGCGACGACCCAGACUUUCCAGAUCCAGAUCUGAUUAUGUUCAAUGCGGUCAUCCACAGCCUUGCAGGCAAAGGAGAGUGGCAGAGGGCCUUUGCUCUUCUGUUUGAGGUUGACGCUAGGCGCAUGCGGCCGGACGUGGCUACAUACACGUCAGCUAUUGGCUCGUGCAGGUUAGCAGGCGCAUGGCAGCAGGCGCUUCUCAUGUAUGCCCGGGCUCGAUCGCGAAAAGUACAUGUAGCACGGGUUUGCUCCGCAGUUCUCAUGGUUUGCGAGCAGUCCGGACGGUGGCAACAAGCAGUGGCGUUGCUCAGCGAGGUGGCGAUGUAUGUGCCGCCAGUUGUCGAUAUUCUUUGUUGUAACAUUGCGCUAGGCAGUUGUGAUAAGGCUUCAGUUCGCCAGCGGGCACUGCAGCUGCUUGACUCCUUCAGUGAAUGGCUCGUGCAACCAGAUGCGUGCAGUUACAACACAGUCGUCUCGUCCUUGGGCAAGGCGGCUGGAUGGCAGCAAGCCUUUCAUCGACUUGAUGACAUGAUGGACAAGCAGCUGCUUCCGGAUGCUAUCAGCUGUGCCUCACUGAUCAGCACGUCUGAAGCGGCUCGAUGGACCAACGCUUUGUCUCUGGUUCAAGUGGGCAGCCUCGACAGGCAGUCUGACGUUAUACUUUUCAACUCAGCAAUAUCUGCUAUUGAACAGGUUCAGAAGUGGAGGCGUGCCUUGGGUUUAGCGGAUGAAAUUUGCAGAAUCAACCUGCGGCAUGACGAAUUCACGUAUUCUGCCACAGCAAGCGCUUGUGCUACUGCAGCGGUUUGGAAGCACGCCCUUGCCGUGCUGAACAGCAUGGACUUCUUGCAAGCAGCCGACGCAAGCGCAUCUGGCGAAUCUGCAUCUGCAUGCCUCAUCUAUGCUUGCAAUGCUGCAGUCGCUGCCUGUGAGCCGGCAUCGCAAUGGCAGCUUGCUUCUGGACUGCUAAGGUAUACAUGGGCACGCAAUCUUGCACCAGAUGCCAUUACCUUGAACACGGCCAUGAGAUGCUGUCGACGGACAAGACGAUGGCAGGGCACCUGCGAACUCUUGAUGGAUGCUGCUGAACUGCGAAUCCCAGCCACGGUUGUGCUAUGUGGUGAUGCGGUUGCACUAUGUGAGGAAGCCGAAAGGUGGUAUGCAGCCCGUUGCAUCCUAGGGAGAAUUGAGAAAUUCGGUCUGAGUCCGGUCAUGCUGCUUCGGUGA